GCCAACGGUAGAAUAGGAAGAAAUAAGCAAAAUCUAAUUUCCCUGCACUUGGCAAAACCAGAAAGAUAUCUUCCUCAAUCCUGCUUUUGCUCAAACAAUCCUCCUCUGACUUCUCUCAAAAUUGUUCUUCUGCUUUCUGGGUUCAAAUUCUGCUUCUGCGUUCUUGGUUCUGUGUGUUUUGUGCCACGUUUGAAGCUGAGGAUCACAAAUUUGGUGGAAUAUUUGAAGAUUUAAGUCGGUGGAAAAUGGUUCUGAUGAAGGAAUUUCGUAUUGUCAUGCCCGUGUCAUUGGAAGAGUAUCAAGUAGCCCAGACGUACAUGGUCAUGAAGAUGCAGAAACAGAACACGACCAGUACCGAAGGGGUGGAAAUAGUAGAGAGUAGACCCUUUGAAGAUGAUGUAUUUGGAAAGGGUCACUACAGUUCUAAAAUUUAUCGUCUACAAAGCAAAGCUCCUGGUUGGCUUACCACUUUUGCACCAGCAGAAGCUCUCAUCAUGCAAGAGGAAGCCUGGAACGCAUACCCAAGAUGCAAAACAGUAAUCAAGUGCCCAUACUUCACCAAGUUUCAGCUGACCGUCGAAACUGUUCACAGAGCUGACAAGGGCGAUUCGGAUAAUGUUCACGGUCUAAGCAAAGCACAAUUAGCAACUAGGGAUGUGGAAAUUGUUGAUAUUGCUUCAUCAGCAAGAGAUUACUGGAGUUACAUAGUUGGCACUAACAACACGGACUUAUCCCAAUUUACAUCAGCGAAAACUGGACGUGGUCCACUUUUAGAGGGAUGGCAGGAUAAGUCAGAUCCAGUUAUGACAGCCUACAAACUGGUCACCAUUGAUGCACCAUAUUGGGGUUUUGGCAAUAAACUUGAACAAGCUUUGCUAUUGGGUGAAAGGGCUCUUUUCCUAGAAAGCCAUCGGAAUUGUUUUUCUUGGAUCGAUGAAUGGUUUGGAAUGACAGUUGAACAGAUACAUGAAAGUGAACGACAUAGAAACUCCGAGACCCAGGAACUUGGGAGGCCAAUUUUGGUGAAGAGUCUAGAAGAUUUUGACCAGAGAUUAUUACCUGAAAGUGAAGAAAUUUAUAGCGGGCAGAGAACUCAACUUUCAGCUUAAAUCCAUUGACUUCCGUUGACAUGGUGCAAAUUCUUUGUAGGUGUGCUGCGUUCGACAAUAAUCACGUGCAUCCAUCGCAUAACAGUAGGCCUCACCUGUUUCGUAUUACACUGUGCCGGUUGUGCUGCAGAAAUUGUAUGUGACAUGCCCGGGUUGGAAUUGUUUUCCUGCUGAUUUUGCAGCAUAAACAUGACAGAAUGCAUAGCAAACUUACAUGUAGCAUGCCCAGAUAAAUUAUCAAAGAAAGGAAUACCCAGCAUGGAAAUUUUCUGUUACCUUUCGAAAGAAUUGUGCAUCAAGAAUGGUGGAAGCACCACAUUCAUAAUUUGGUUGCAUUCCAAAAUACAUGCUGCAUUUACAAAUGAUGAGUUUAUAUACUGAGAAAUGCUGCAA